CUGGAGCGUCAGCGCCGUCAGCCCGACCGCGGCACCUAUCAAAACACGGCAGACGAGCAUGACCAGGGCAAUCUUGCGAUCACGUAUCGAAACCUCGGACGGAAUGAAGAGGCCCUGAGCCUGCGACGAGACGUAUACUCUGGAUGGUUGAAGCUCAAGGGCGAGGAACAUGAAAAUACCCUCCUAGCAGCCAACAACUACGCGACGUCCCUUGUUUGUCUAAAGCGCUUCGAAGCAGCCAAAUCACUGUAUCGCAAAACGAUCCCCGUCGCGCGACGCGUUCUCGGAGAGGGUCAUGACGUCACGUUCAGGAUGAGGAAAGGUUACGCACGUGCGCUCUGCGAGGACCCCACCGCCACGGUCGACGAUCUUCACGAGGCCGUGACGACGAUCGAAGAGACGAUACGGACGGCUCGGCGCGUGAUGGGUCGCGCGCAUCCUCUCACAGUGGCAAUUGAGCACGAUCUGCGAAAGACGCGAGCCGUCCUCCGCGCCCGCGAGACGCCGCCGUCGCCGUCGCCGGCGGGGAGUGUGUAA